CCGGGCUGAUCUGGAAGGAAUGAUGACCGAGGAAGGAUGUGCACCAGCGGCCAGAUCAUUGGGAGCCUGCUGGUGCUCUCUGUGCUGGAGAUAGGGCUGGGGGCGUCCAGCGUGGCCGUGGGGGCAGUGAGCUUCAGCCUGGCCCUCAGAGAGCACCAGCCGCAGCUUGGAGACUCCUCUCCGGUAUGGAGCGGGCUGUGUUUUCUGCUUUGCGGUAUCUGUGGAAUUCUGUGUGCCAAAAAAAAGUCCGGACUUGUCAUGAUCCUUUUUUCAGCCUGCUGCAUCUGUGGGCUAAUUGGUGGCAUCCUGAAUUUCCAGUUCCUCCGAGCAGUCACCAAGAAGACAUCCUCUCUCUACCCACUGCGCCUGGCCUCCAUGUCUCUGGCCUGCAUUGGGAUUGGGGGUUGUACCCUGUCCUCUUGGCUUACUUGCCGCCUGGCCAGCUAUGAACAAAGACGCAUGUUCUCUGAACGAGAGCACUCCUUACACCAUUCCCACGAAAUGGCAGAAAAAAGAUUGAGGGGUAUUGAAAUAACCGACUUGCCCAGCUGCCCGGUGGUGCCCCCGACACCAGAGUUACCUACAAGAAAAGGAUAUGCCAAAGGAUUCAUCCAAUAUGGAAACAUUGUUGGCUUUUACUGUCAGGUUUCAGAUGUUAUGGAACUUCUUGGCACAAUGGUCUCUUGGAUUUUCACUAACAUUUCUCUUCCUGGAUUUGGCCACAUGUAUCUCUCCAUUUCUUUCUGUUGAGAUAAGAACUUUCCAGGAGUGUUCUCAGAAGGGCUUUCUGAUCAGCUUUUCAAAUCACUUUCACAAAGACUUUUCAGAAGAGGAAAUAAGUGAAAGAAAAAUUGGCUUCCCACAUGGCCUAAAUCACAC